AUGGGAUCUCUGUUUCCUGGUCUUCCAGAUGAAAUUGGGUUGGAAUGCCUGCUGAGGUUGGAGUUGAAGUCCUUUCACAAUGUCAGACGUGUCUGCAAAAGGUGGAACGCCAUAUUGAAAAAACCCAAAUUUUAUCAAGAAAGAAAAAGAUUGAAGAUUUCCGAGCAACGGAUUUGUAUGCUCCAGAAAGUAGACGGCAUUUGCGACAGAGUAGCGGUAUACGAUCUGAAUAAAAACUCGUGCAAAAGUCUGCCUCCUAUUCCCACACAAAUUAACGGCGUCUGGCACUUCCAUUUCGUGAAACAAAACCUCGUUUUGAUCAAGGAUGUGUUUUGCGAUUCUACAAGAAGUUGUGUGUGGUUGUACGAUUUUCGGAAUGGUGGUUUGAAUUGGCGAGAGGGUGCCAAAAUGCCAGUGGGUUUGCAGAAUGGAUUUGCCUCCGCAGCUGAUGAGCACCGGGGACUAAUUUAUGUGGUUGGAGGGUUUGGUGAUGAUACGUUUAACAGCCCGGUCCGUAGCGCUUUUGUUUACAAUGUGGAGGAGGAUAAGUGGGAUGUUCUCCCCGACAUGAACACCUAUCUGGACCUUCUUUUUAGGUGCUUUUGUGGACGGCAAGUUUUAUGUAAUGGGUGA